GGCUGCUCACGACGGGAUAACAUCAGAUCCCGGUGGGUUUGCGGCACAAGCGCACGGCUGAGAAAGGACUUGGCUGGAGUUGGGAGAGUCGCUUUUAGUUUAAUAUCAGUAGUGAACACGGACAGAAAGAUCUGAACGCCGUAAACAGAAUCGCUUUGGCAUUUUACUUAAUUUACUUUCCGUAGUAGUACAAGAGUAAACGGGCACGCUGUCUUUAUCUCAAAAGAGGGAAAAGAAACGCUCACACAACACCUUGCCUCUCCACAAGUCUCCUGACAGAGCGCAGAGCUGCGGCACUCCUCGCAGCGCUUAGACGAAAUGGGACACUUUCGCUACAGACCUGGGAGGAGAUUUUAGCGAAACCUACGAGUUUAUUGCUCAAAUCGGAACAGCGAUUUCAUUUGCAGGCACUUGGGUUGCAGCUCCAAAAUGAUGGACUAUAUGCUCAUGCCAGGACGUGUUGUUAUGACACACAAAAAAUGAAGGAACACCCUGUUGUUCGCUUUUAAGGAAACGACGGAACAGUUUUAUUGAAUUGAAGCCGGGUCCCCUAGAUAUGCAUCCGGUCGCCUGCCCUGGCCCCUCUGCCUGCCUUUGCUGAGCGUCCAUGCCACCAUGCCCAUCAUUUCUGGAACAGCUGACCAGGACUACAGCAACUUAAGCCUUAGUGAUGACAGCAGCCUGGACCAGAUCUUCACAUGCACCCCUGAAACUGAGACCAUCAAGGGGGUCUACUACCAACGGGUGAGGAGGAUCUACCGGCCAGAGCAGCUGUAUGCUGUGGACCAGAAGCACCAGGUCAUCAUCAACGUUGGAGGGAACCGCUACACCAUUCCUUGGAGCACUUUGGAAGAGUUCCCCCUCACCCGGCUCGGGCGGCUGCGCUUCUGCAGCAGCUACGACGAGAUCGUGCAGGUCUGCGACGACUACGAUGAGAUCUCCAACGAGUUCUUCUUCGACCGGAGCCCCUCGGCCUUCCGGGUGAUCCUGAACUUCCUGGCAGCGGGCAAGCUGAGGCUGAUUCGGGAGAUGUGUGCCUUGUCCUUCUACGAGGAGCUGACCUACUGGGGCCUGGAGGUGAGCCACAUGGAGCGCUGCUGCAAGAGGAAGCUCUACACCCGGCUGGAGGACGUGGCUGAGAUGGAGCAAAAGGAGGAGGCAUGGAGCUGCAAGAAGACCGAGACUGUGCCGGUGGAGGACACCAAGUAUCAUGCCUUCAUGAGCAAGCUGAGGGACAUGGUGGACAACCCCCAGUCUGGACUCCCAGGGAAAGUCUUUGCCUGCCUCUCCAUGCUUUUCGUAGCUGUCACAGUCAUCAGCCUCUGUAUCAGCACAAUGCCAGACUUACGGGAAGAGGAAGACCGGGGAGAAUGUUCCCAGAAGUGCUACAACAUGUUCAUCGUGGAGACCGUGUGCGUUGGCUGGUUCUCCUUGGAGUUCGUCCUGCGUUUCGUUCAGGCCCGCAGUAAGCUGGAGUUCCUCCGGGGACCUCUGAACAUAAUAGACGCCAUGGCCAUUCUACCCUACUACGUCUCUCUGAUCGUGGAGGAGGAGCACCACACCCAGGACAAGCCUGGGGGCAAGGGCUACCUGGAGAAGGUGGGGCUGGUGCUGCGGAUCCUCCGUGCCUUGAGAAUUCUGUACGUCAUGCGGCUGGCCAGGCACUCCCUGGGCCUCCAGACCCUGGGCCUGACUGUGAGGCGCAGCACCCGGGAGUUCGGCCUGCUGCUGCUCUUCCUCUGCGUGGCCGUCACACUCUUCUCGCCCUUGGUGUACCUGGCCGAGAGCGAACUGACCAAAGGGCAGGACUUCACCAGCAUCCCUGCCUCCUACUGGUGGGCCAUCAUCUCCAUGACGACGGUGGGCUACGGCGAUAUGGUCCCCCGGAGCAUUCCCGGUCAGGUUGUGGCCAUGAGCAGCAUUCUCAGUGGGAUUUUAAUCAUGGCGUUUCCUGCCACCUCCAUCUUCCACAUGUUCUCCCGGUCCUACCAGGAGCUCAAGUUGGAGCAGGAUAGGUUGUUCAAACAAGAGUGCCGUGCGGCGAUGGCCCAGGAGCAGUAUGAAGGCAAACCGCUUGAUGAAGCAUCUGAGGAAUCGCAGUCCCUGCUGGCAUGUGACAAUACAGAGAUCACUGCGCACAGCCGCUCAAAGUGACUCUAAUAAGAACCAAAGCAAUCCGUCUGGCACAGCCAGCUUUCAUUGAAGGAUGGGCUACACUGUCCUCUGUGUAAUCGGAAGUUGGAAAAUGAGCCCCACCAAUCCCUCUAAUGUACCAUAUGGCAAUGGCCAUAACUUCCUUACAUGUAGAGAAUGGAACGGAAGAGAAUUAACUUUCUAAGAUAAAAAUUAAAAUAAAAAAAAAUUGAAAUACA